AUGCAAAAAGCUGAUGGUGAUCUGCAGUUCCUCAGUCUGGAGGAGCGGGAGUGUAUUUUGUUCUUUGAGGAGACCAUCGGCUCUCUGGAGGAGGACGAUGAGAGGACGGGAAUAUCUGCAGGCGAGCGUCCGGACUCAUACGCUCGACAUCCCAGCCCUGUAGAUCAAGACAUCAUUGACCUGGUGCACCCUACAGCCCAUCCCAGCACACAGAGGGACACGCUGCCCGUCAUGCCAGAUUUCCAAGAGCUGAUUAUACCCCCAGAGACCCAUUUUGAACUGAAGCCAAAACGUGACCGGGACGUCCCAGACGGGCCGCAAGAGGAAUUUGGACACCAGCCGCCCGCAGGUUCAGUUCCCACCCCGGUUGUAAUCGCCAGCAAGAUCGCCGAGCACCAGGGCGCCACCGGCACAUCUGCAUCACAGUUGCUCCAGCGCAGAUGCAGUUUAGAGUCGCCGCCGAACCCCUCGGCCAAACACGGCCCUCCGACUCACGCCAAGCCCACGCGUGUUCCCGACAGCAUCAGCAUGUUGCGGAGCAGCCGUGAACACAUUCCCCACUCGAUCGCCACUGAGGCUGUCAGCGUUCAGGAGCGCCGGGCGCAGAUGCUCGCCAACCUCUCUGGCCCGGCGCACCCUUUGGAUGGCGGAGAACCGGCCUGCGUGCGCAACCUUCCCAUGCGGAGCAUUUCGUUUCGAGAUCCGACGCCAGACAAGUCUAGGAUGGAGGCGCUUUCGAAGCUCGGACUCGCUCAGAGGCGAGCACAAUCCGUCAUGCAUUCGGAAAACGUCAAGACCGGCACCACGUUCAACAUUCCCAAUCCAGCCAACGCUAGCACGAUAGACACUACAGACCACCGCCAAACCAAAUCUAGCCCUGCACCAACUUUGACGAGUGCCGAAGUCACACACAGUGAUUUUAACAGCUAUGGCGGAUCCAAUAGGAUGGAGGCGCUUUCGAAAGUCGGACUCACUCAGAGGCAAUCCGUCAUGCAUUCAUCUCCGAGGGAUUUGGAAAGCGCCAAGACCGGCACCACGUUCAACACUACCAAUCCAGCUAACGCUAGCGGCGACGUCCGCACGAUAGACACUACAGACCACCGCCAAACCAAAUCUAGCCCUGCACCAACUUUGACAAGUGCCGAAGUCACGCACAGUGAUUUUAACAGCUAUGGCGGUAAGAGCAUCACAUUAAACCCAACAACAUCCUUCAGGAGCGAGUGCGUCUCAUCUUCAUUGCCCAAAACAGAGUCUUCGGAGAUUCAGAUCAACAACUUCGGCGGCAGAUCGCGAGUAAUGACUCCAUCCCAGCCAAACCAUCGCACCCAAACCAAGACCAUCACCCCAGUAAAAGAGGAAAACACCAGCUCAAACAGGACUUCAAAUGAAGACUUACCCAAGAGAAAAGCGUUGCACCCCGAAGCACCCGUGAAGCAGCCGCCCGCUCCGGCUUCAAAACCAUCGCGGCACCAAAGUCUGCUGAGUCCUGCCAGGUCGCGCCCCGCUCCGCUGUCCCCGGAGUUACGCCGCAAAUCUCUGCCAAAGCCUUCCUUCCGCACUCAGGGAGUAACGGUGCAGUUUUCUGGCAGAGGAGCCACAGAUGAGGCCAGACGUGAUGCACUACGCAAACUAGGACUGCUGAGGAACACGUCUUAAAUGUGACC